AUGGCGUCGUUCCGAAGGGGAGGUCAGUUUCGACAGUCUACAGUUUUGUCCACAGAAGAAAAAUGGAAAAUAAUUUUCAAUCAACAAAUGCGAUCAUCUGUAUAUACUGCACAGCAGUACUGCGAUCACCUCCGGAAGUACUUGCAAAGCAUGACAGGACAGCCAGAAAGAAUCGAUGGAAGUCGAGAAGAGAGACCCAUGUCAUAUUUACUGCGGAAGCUUAAAGUCGACUUGCAGAUGUCGUUUUCAAGUUUUGUACAAGAUUUUUUGCGGGAACCGCUGUUUGGUAUGAAGUUGUUGCUGACUCUGCUUAAGGCUGUUCAAAAGUGUACAUCUGAGCUCUCAAAGACACCUGCUAAAGUCAAGGCAAUCAACUCCAAAAGAUUGUUGACUGAUGAAUACGACUGUUUGCUGUGUAUCAAAUUUACCUUACGUGAGCAGGAAGCCACAAGUCUGCUUCUAGAGGAGUCUUACGGCCUUGAAGCCGUGGCUUCGGCGCUCAUGAGUUCAUUCACAAAAUCCCGUCUUGUGGCGUUGGAAAUUAUGAGUCUCGUUUUGACUGAUCCGAAGGGAUUGUCCCGGAAUUUGGACUGUUUCACGUACUUUCGGCUGAAGAAUUGUGAGCCUACUCGUUUCCGCUUCCUCAUCAGUAUGUUAAUGACGAACAACUCUCAGAAUGUUACCUUUCAGGUUUGUUGCAUGAAGUUUUUCAACUCACUACUUGCUGCCAGCCCGAACAUGAACGCCAGAGUGUUUCUCCAGAACGAGCUGAUCACAGCGGGCCUAGAUGUGAAUGUACUCAAGCAGUGCGUUAAUGUUGAAACGAGUCUCGAACACGUGGAACUGGAGCGAGAGUUAGCCGAAUUCCAGCAGACUUUAAUCGAUGUCGACGCACUGAUACAGCAUCAGUCAUCUCUUGAAACAACUAAUGAUGAUCUCCAGAAACAGCUAUGCAUUCUCCAAGGUGAAGUUCAGAGCAUAAGGAACACAAGUGGCAGUGGCUCAGAAGACACCUCAAUGAAGUCACAAAUUGCUGAAGAACCCAUGGUUCCAGAUCCUCCACCACCUCCUGCGUGUAUCGGGUCUUGUAGAAAACCUAAAACAGGGAUUAAAUUUCCUUUCCUCUGUUGGAAGCCUCUCCACGAUAUCAAAGAUACUAUUUUCCAGAAAUUGAGUGGCGAAUGUGUACUACAUGAUGAUGACAUUGACACAUUUGAAGCAGCGUUUCGACUUGAAGUAAUAAAGCCGUCCGUAACACAUAAGAAAAAUCCAGAAUUUAGACGGGUGCGUCAGGAAAACAAACGAACCUUUCUAGAAGUUUCCAGAGCACGCGAUUUGUUGUUAGUGCGCCGGAAAAUGGGACUGUCAGCGGAGGAAAUAAAAUCAGCACUAGAACAUUAUGACUUUGAAGUUGUGGAUGCGGACAGUGCUGAACUGUUUUCACGGUUCAUUCCAACGGAGACGGAGAUAAAAGACGUGAUGUCGCUAAACUGUCAUUAUGACGACUUGGCAGAGGCGGAACAGGUGAUGGUUCAGCUGGUGUCCGUGUCCGAUCUGGAAGGCAAGCUUAGAUGUAUAGGAUUCAUGAAUCAGUUUCAAAAGAGGCUGGAUGCGCUAGCACCGGAACUAAAUCACAUUCACAAAUCUGCUUCUUCUUUGCUGAGCUGUGAUAAGAUGACGGAGGUGUUUGAGAUCAUCCUGUUUCUCGGCAACUACGUCAGUACCCUAACAGGAGGUUUUCCUAGGGGCUUCCACCUUUCCUGUCUAUCAACGCUGAAAGACAUGAAAUCCAGUGACAAGACGCAAAAUCUCCUUGAUUUCAUCGUGAGGAUGAUCGCAAGAAAGUAUCCGGAUAUCCUCUAUUGGUAUAAAGACCUUGAAAUUCUGCCUGUUGCCAAAGGUGCCUUUGCCCGCCUGACAAGUCUGGUUCAGGAGCUUGACGAAGGCAUGAGGAUGGUUGGUGAACACAUGAACCAGACAACGGGUGAUCAGACAGAUCGACUCACUACCUUUUAUGAAGAAGGCGAGGAACAGAUAUGGAUGCUGAGACGAUCCUACCAGCGCUGUCAUACCGUCUACAAACGUGCGUGUUCCAUGUUUGGGGAAAAAAUGGAAACUGUGGAACCAUCAACACUUUUCAGCCACUUUACACAGUUUGUCCAAGAUUAUAAGGAGUCACUGGCAAAACUAGAUACAGAUGUUUCACCAAAGUUAGUAAACCUCCGAGAACAAACUGAGUAUGUACAAAAAGCAGCUGAGACUUCACACGCAUCAUCGACAGAAUAUAUGCUUCUGAAUGGCGUUCAAAAACUACUAGAUAUUAACUACGUCAAUACCAGCCAUGUUAAUGAAUUACCGGCAUAUGUCAAAGACUUGGAAAGUGAAAGGUCAGACGAUGUCUCCUACUAUGAUUUAGAAGUAGCUGAGGAGCUGAGAAAGCGUUGUGAAUCAGAAACGGACGGACUUUUGUGCGACUGUUGUUUCAAGGAAACAGGAGAAUGUGAUUUUGCUGAAAGCCCAUAUGAAUAUUGUUCCACAAAAACAAACACCGCAGUGGAAAAUUGGAUUGUUCGUAAUAAUGAAACCUUGUUAGAGUCGAGAUACAGGGCAGGAGACGAGAUCCCAACAGAUUACGAUGACAACAUAAACAAUAACAUAGAUAAACAACAGAACGGAGAUACUGAUAGCUAUGACAGCGCUUUCUUUGGAUCUGACGCGAACGUCCUGAAAUCCUCUGGCAGGAGUUCUCAAGAUAAUGUUCAAAUACCACUUAAUGAUGUACCGAGGUCUAGCACGCCAUAUACGUGCAUACGCUCGGCAGACCCAUCUUCUGACUACAGCCGGUCCCCAUCCCCUGCGGGGAGUGUCAUUAGUAAAGACACUUGCAGCAGCGAGUUGUCAAGAAUUCUCACAGAAUUCGAGGGAAAUCUUCACCAAUAUGAAUCCGAAGUUUCUCCAAAUUAUCGCCGGUUUUACACAGUGAAGUCAAUUAUUUACUUGUAG